UUGAUGAACUGUUGUGAAGACUGAAAGAGCCACAUUGUGCAUUUCUCUCUGCUGAAGUGUCUCACUGGUCCUGAGGUGGAAAUUUGUUGUUGCUCUUUGAGGAAGGAUGUACUGCAGGAGUGUGUGUUGUUGUAACCGCUGGUCAUCUGAGGACAGGUUAGAUGGGAAAACAGUCAUCAUCACCGGAGCCAAUACUGGUAUUGGCAAAGAGACAGCCAGAGACCUGGCAGGAAGAGGUGCACGUAUCAUCAUGGCGUGCAGGGACCUGGAGAGGGCAGAGGAGGCCAGGUCGGACAUUUUGGAAGACACAGGAAAUGAGAACGUGGUUAUCAGGAAACUGGAUCUGUCUGACACCAGGUCUAUUAGAGCCUUUGCUGAAAUCAUCAACAAAGAGGAGAAACAAGUGAAUAUCCUGAUAAACAAUGCAGGCAUCAUGAUGUGUCCCUACUCCAAGACUGCUGAUGGGUUUGAAAUGCAGUUAGGAGUCAAUCAUUUGGGUCACUUCCUGUUGACUUACCUGCUGCUGGACCUCAUAAAGCGGUCAGCCCCGGCCCGUAUUGUUGUUGUGGCAUCGGUGGCCCACACCUGGACUGGGCUUCACCUGGACGACAUCAACAGUGAAAGGAGUUACGAUACCAUGAAGGCCUACGGACAGAGCAAGCUGGCGAACGUCCUCUUUGCACGUUCACUAGCGAAACAAUUGCAAGGUACAGGGGUGAGCGUGUUCUCUCUGCACCCGGGUGUGGUGCAGUCUGACCUGUGGAGGCACCAGCACCAGUGUAUCCAGGUGGCAGUGAAGAUCUUCAGGGUUUUCACCAAGACAACAGUGGAGGGAGCGCAGACCACCAUCUACUGUGCCGUACAGCCAGGCCUGGAGAGUCAGAGUGGAGGGUACUUCAGUGACUGUGCUCCCGCAAGCUGCUCAAGAACUGCUUCUGAUGAUGAUUUGGCUCAGAAACUGUGGGACAUCAGCUGCAACAUGCUUGGCAUCACCUGGCAGUGAAUAGCUGCAAAUGAACUAUACAGGGAAGCAUAUUGUAUGCUACUGUAUGUAUACACAUCAUCAUUCAAACAGCACUGUUAAGCACUUUUAUAGAGACAUUAAUGUUACUGUUACUGUUGUGGAAAAGAUGCACAGUAUUUUAUGUCUUUAAGUACAGAAUAGUCCAAAAGAUUUUUGACCCACAUGACAAACUGUUAGAAUUCACUGGCAGUAUUUUUUGCAGAAUUUGAAAAAUGUUUAAACAAUUUUGAACUGUAUUUUUACUGACUUUCACUAUCUGAAGUGGGCAUUCUUAGUUUAGUUGGUUUUGUAUCUUGAGUGCAGAUAUUGUCUAUCUUUUAAAGAUGUUAGCUUGAUAGGCUCACUUUAUGUCUGCAGUCAGUUUAGCUCAAGUGUGACAGUGGGAUAGUUUUUGACAUUGAAGAGAACAGUGUGGCUUCAAACUGUCUCCAAAAUGACUUUAUCAAAGAAAUAACUAAAUGAAAUACUGUACCACAUGGCACACGUAUAGUAUUGUGAUUGACAAUUGAGACAUGUAAUAGGAAGUGAGUACAUUUCUGCUUUUAGAAUAGCACUUAGAAAAUCUUAAUGUAGAUUUAUUGAUUACUAAAAAUGAAUGAAUUAAUGUGCUUUUGUUGGACAGUUUUGUGUUAUGCAAUAUGCAGUUUCAGCUGAGGAAGCUUCAGACUAACAACAUUCUCUAUGAUGUGGCUGUAUUGAGGUGAUAUGUGUCAGCAUGUUGGAGUUUUCAGCACAGCUGAAUAUGUU